GCUAAAAAUGGCAAAAUAUGAUGUUUAAUGGUAUAUGUAUAUAUAUGUGGAAGCUCGAUAUAGAGAUGAUUAUGCUCUACUUUUUCUUAAACAUAUUAGAGAAGCCUUAUUGGGCAGUUGAUUCAAGCCGCCACCGAGGCUGGAUAUGCCGUGGGGGAGGCGGAAUGGCGUUGAAUGAUGUGCACAAUACAGUGGUUGGUGAAUGAGAGAUAUGGUCAACACAAUGUUGCAAGCGAUGAAAAGAAAAUUGGAUGAUUUUUUAACUUUAUAGAUAAUAUAUCAGCAGUCGGUUGUAUUAUUAUCAAGUAUUUCAACAUUAAAUCAGUCAAGUGUAUGAGCGUGAAAAAAGGCAUUAUUAUCAAGUUUAUGAACAGUACAUUUGUAAGUAUGUCAAUAUUAUGUAUAUUAGACAAAUGUAUCAGUUUUAUAUAAACAGGUGCGUGGACCAAGAAUAUCAGUCGAGCUACGUCAAGUAUAUCAAAUAUAUAUUCAUCUCCAAGUUAGUGGUCUGAUCUCUAGAUUAGUUCCUUCGAAGGUUAUGUGGAGCAUAACAAUGGCUGUUUCAGAAUUUGUUUGUUCCAUUACUCUGAGUUUGUCCUUCUUCCUACUUAUCCACCACCCUCUCGCAUUUGCUCAGCCCAGAUUUGCCCACUAUAUAUGCGUCGAUGGAGGCAAUAACAACCACACUACCGACGGCGAGGCCUACAAAGCCAAUCUCAACCACCUCCUCUCCACCCUCACCUCCGAUCAUCUAAUUGACUAUGGCUUCUAUAACCUCUCUUCCGGCAUCCCCGAAAAUAGAGCAUACGUAAUUGGACUCUGCAGAGGGGACAUUUCCGCAGAUUCUUGCCGGAGAUGCCUCAACGACUCCAGAGAUCUUCUCCCUUUGCGGUGUCCGACCCAGAACGAAGCCAUUGGAUGGUACGUUACCUGUAUGCUACGUUAUUCCAACCGCCCCAUCCUCGGUUCAAUGGAAGUUUCACCGUUUGUCAGUCUGUCGAACUCGGUGGCUGCGCCGGAUCAGGCAGGGUUCACCAAGGCCGCAAGAAAUCUGAUUGCGAAUCUCAUAGGCCCAGCUUCGGACGGCGAUUCCCGUUUGAAAUUUGCAAUGGGGAACACAACUCUUCCAAAUUUGCCCACAAUUUAUGGUUUGGCGCAGUGCACACCGGAUUUAUCUCGGCAGCAAUGCAACGAGUGCUUGGUUGGGGCUCUGCCUAUAAUCCGAAACUGCUGUGAUGGAAAAUUGGGGAGUAGAGUUCUUAGACCCAGUUGUAAUUUUCGAUAUGAGAUUUAUUCCUUCAUUGAAUCGCCGCUUUCUCGCUCACCCUUGCCACUGCCUCCACCUCCGCCUCCGCCGCUAUCCCCUGUUUUUCUUCCGCUUAACCGAACCACCCAUGGUAAUAAAAAUGGAACUUUCAUCGCUGUGGCUCUCCCAAUUACUCUUGUUGUAGUUAUAACACCGAUGAUCACCAUCUACAUCUUUGUGAGAAAAACUAAGCCAAAGAAAACCGAUGGAAAAAAACGGGCAGGUGAAACAGAGGAAGAAAUGACGACAAUGGGGGGUUUUUUGCAGUUUGAUUUCAACAUCAUUAAAAUGGCAACAGAUGAAUUUUCAGAUGAAAAUAAAGUUGGGGAAGGUGGGUUUGGAGCUGUUUACAAGGGAAAGCUUCCAAAUGGACGAAUCGUAGCAGUGAAACGGCUGCGUCAAGCUUCAAGGCAUGGAGAUGUUGAAUUCAGAAACGAAGUGGUUUUGUUAUCUAAGCUUCACCAUCGGAAUUUAGUUAAGCUUUUAGGUUUCUCCUUGAAACAAAAUGAAAAGCUUCUCGUUUAUGAGUUUCUGCACAAUGGAAGUCUUCAUACUUUCAUUUUCGAUCCUCUUAAUCGUCAAACUUUCCAUUGGACCGAACGCUACAACGUUAUACAAGGCAUUGUACGAGGACUUGUUUAUCUUCAUGAAGACUCUCAAAUUAAUAUUGUUCAUCGAGAUCUAAAAGCUUCUAACAUUCUAUUAGAUGUAAAGAUGAAUGCUAAAAUAUCGGAUUUUGGUAUUGCAAGAUUAUUUACACCUGACCGAACACAUGAUGAUACAAGUACAAUUAUCGGUACUUAUGGAUAUAUGGCUCCAGAAUACGUAAGACACGGUCAUCUUUCAUCAAAGUUAGACAUCUUUAGCUUUGGUGUUUUAGUUUUGGAGAUCGUGACUGGACGAAAGAAUAAUCGAACUGAUAGCAAUAAUGAGAAUGUAAGAGAUCAUCUAAUAAGCGAGGCUCGGAGAAAUUGGAUGGAGGGAACACCAUUGAAUAUCGUAGAUCCUUCAAUUCAAGUUCAAAGUGAGAUAAGCGAUGAAGUGAUGAAAUGCAUUCGUAUCGGAUUACAUUGUGUUCAAGAAAAGGCAAGUGAGAGGCCAACGAUGACUACUAUACUUCUCAUGCUUAACAGUGAUUUAGUUGAUUUUUUUGAACCGUCUCAACCUGCAUAUUUUACAAACACGAAGACCCCAACUUAACUGCUAUUAGCCCAUGGAAUUGAAAUAUUAUCUACAUAUCACAAUGUCAAGAAGCAAAUUACUUUGAAGCUAAUUCCUUUAUGGACUUCUGUUUUUAGCUUGUGUCUUCAUUAAUGUUUAAGAGUGAUGUGUAUAUGUUGGUUUUAUCAAAGAUUCGAACUCUUUCUCAAUAUAACUAAAUACUUAUAUGCCCAAUAUGAUAAUAACAAAAACAGUAAGGGCAUGGACAUGUUUGGUUCAA